AUAGUGAAGUGAUAUUGGACCCUCGAAAUUUAGGUAUUCGUUUCUUAAGCUGUGCGUUACUCUAAAUCAUGUUUACCGACUGAUGCUAUACGUUUUAGUACUAGUGGACGUAUAAAUGUCAGAUAUCAUGAUAUCAGCUAAAUCAGUCGUUGAUGUUGUUCCUUGUGGAUGUCAGUACUUGUCGGAGUUUUGUCAUGAAGACAGCAUGCGAACUGUAUCAAACACGUCAAAAGAUCAGCCUUCUUACUUCUGGAGAACAUGGGGCUCUGGUGGACUAUUCGAUGAGCUCUACAUUUCUCGAAGUACCAUUGUGUGGAGCUAUGUGACGGAAAUCGCUGGUUCCUUUCCAAAACUAGUACUCAAUUUUGAUACUCCAAUCAUAGAUGCGUUCAAAUCUUCGUUUUUUCUGCCUGCUCUUCAUUCUGGUCAGGGAUUUUUGCCCUAUGUAAAUGAGAAUAUACCUGGACGAAUCCAAGAAGGAUUGUCUAUUUUCGAGUCGGAGCGAAUGACUUUUAUUGAUGAUUGGGGAGAGCUCUACACAGUACGGAUUCCAUGUCGCAUAGGAGAGGUUUGGGCUCUAAAUACACUUGUUCUUCUUGAACGUCAGCCAAAUGAUCAUGAAAUCAGGUUCGAAAAUUCUAACACAAUACCGUCGAGUUCAUGUGCGUUGUUUUCAAUGUUCAGUCUCACACAUCCACUUGAUGAAGCUGCUCCUGUUAUCUUGAAAGUUCCUCUGCCUAAUGGCGGCUUUGGAAUAGGUUUUGUCAGUGAUAUACAUUUAAAAAUAAUCGGUGUUAUUGCAUCGCUUAAUAUGGUUAUAACAUACCACUCCUUAACCAGACUGCACUCUGUUUGGCUUUUGGAGAAGGCGUCGUCACAUGACUACAUAUAUUUAUAUCAAAUGGAUGCUGAUGGCCGCGCCAGUGUGGCUACACAUGCAUUAACUGGUUUAGUUUACCAACCUGAAUCUAUGAAAUAUGUUGAAAAUGUUAAUAAAGAUGCGAAUACUUUUGAUGAAAAUUCCGUUAGAUGUUCACCAAAUCCUACCAUUUGCUUGAGUCCUUUUGCUGCAUCUUUGUCACGUUUAAGGAGAACUGAAACACAAUCUUUUAGCCUGAAUCACAGUGGUAAUCUUCCAACUCCUAGUCAAUCUUCGGUCGCUCCUUUUACGCCUUCAAACCUUGAUGCUUACAUUAGCCGUCUUUCUAAUAUCACACCUUCCAACAACAUGAGCCAUUUGCAAUAUGCAGCCAAUAGUCCAUCAACUUUUCUUUUAAGAAAGGGAUCUGUUUUACAAUCGCAGCAAACAGGAAAUACUUGCACACCUAAACCAAUCGGUAACAUUCAGACUCCGAAACACAACGUCACAGCAUUACAUGGACGACUCUCCUCUACAAGGCGCAGUAUAUAUUCUUCUAAUCAGCUUGAAACUCCCGUUCAAACUGAGAAGCUCUACACUAUUGAUCCCGAUCAAGUUGAAAACUUGCUUGAUGAGCCGCUGCUCCCAAAAGUUUGUUUGCGUCUGGUGUGGUCAGAGCCGUCUUCGGUACGAUCACUCAGUACACCAACUAAUACUGGUCCUUUAAGUCCAGUAAAUAAUGAAUCCAGUUACAAAAAAGAAAACGUUAGUAGUGUCAUCCCUUAUUCCUCUGAUCUACCGGCUUUCGGUCGCUUUGCUUUAUUAAGUCGUCGUCUACCAGAUUUACUUUUUCCUUUCUCUAAAACUGAACCACUUGUUUUUAAUAGUCCUGGGACUACAAAAAGCAAAACUCCUCAUGGGAAUUUCUUUAACUGUUAUCAGACACUACCAAAUGCUAAAGAUGUAACUAUUCCACAACAUAAAUCUGGUCCAAUGAAAUCACGUGCAUUUUUGGCUGUUGAUAUAAUAUCUGCUUCAUGGAUUUGUUUUCUUACUGGUUCAUCUGGUUUCCACGAUAAACAAUCAAGAUUAGCUUGUUUACGCGUAAAUGAUAAAUAUCUGGAUUGUAAGCAACUGGACAACUUUCAAACAGUUUUUGGUGAUUUGGUUUAUCUUCGAGCUUGUGAGGCUGUGUAUGUGCCUUAUUCACGAAUAACUAUUUGUUUAGAACCUGGAGUUGGCAUAGUUUUAUACACAGGGAUCAAGAAGAUUUGCUUACUUGGUUUGAGUCCACCUCCACUUCUCAGCAUGUACCUUGCAGUAGGUGGUCCACAAGUUGUAAAAUCAAGAUUGAAACAUGCUGCUUCAGAUUCUGAAAUACCCUUUAUUGUGCGACCUGAUCUUUUGAGUGCUGAACGAUGGCGUCAGAAUACGGUUAAUUCAGUGCUGUCUAAAUGUAUAUCUGUCGUGACUUCAAACUCAAUGUUGAUUGAUCAGCCUUGUACAGUUUUAUCAGGAUCGAACUGUAAUGAAAAAUCCUUUAGUUUUAAUGAACUCCCAAGUGAUUUGGUAAACGUCAAGGAACUGCAUACUCAGCAGGGUAAUGAUCAUCUUAGCAAAACAAACCAUUCAAAUAUUGAUACCAAAAACUGUAGUAAAAUGCAUGCACAGGACAAGCGUUCGGAAGUAAAAUAUAUGGAGAGAAUUUCUUUGUGUGAUCCAGCUGGAAAUGCUUUUACAAUAGUGAAUCAAGAUAAAGCUAUUAGUUUAGAUGAAUGUACGAACUUAUUAGAUUCGAAUCGAUUACUUCGUGUCUAUUUGCCAACCGUUACAGAAAACGAAAUGGUGCAACGAUGUUUAACAAGUUUGAAUUGUUGUUUACCUGAAGAUGCAAGUCUUCUAGUUUUUACUCGUUGGUAUGUAAUAUCCAAUGCACCGGGAACAAAACAUUCGUAUAAAUUCCAAGAACCUGAGACAAAUUAUUGUGAUGACACAGAUGAUCUUGAAAUGUACCAUUUUGAUGGACCCGAAGAAUGGAAUCGUUUUGCUAAUUUCAUAUUAUCAGCUUCAGGUUUUUCUCUUUCUCAUCGGCGCACUGAAAACAUCAUAUCUUUAGAAUGUGGAAAUAAUGUAGGUGGCGUCAGUCAAUCGUCUAAACGUCAUCGACCCAGUAAUAAAGAAUCUUCAGAAUUAGAUUGGAAUAAUCUGACCAAUCUCUUAGAUUUAGGCUAUGAUAAUGAACUGGUUCAUCCAUCUUUAUUUCUGCCGAAAUCAACUAAUUUGUCAUUCGAAAAAAUGGAUUUUGACAAAAAUCUGAGCAUGAAUGAUCAAAAACAAACCAUUUACAUAUCGUAUAUUCGCGAUGAUCCUGAUAGUCGUAUUAUUCUUUCUUAUCUGCCGACUAUAUUGUUCGCCUUUCAUUUAACCUAUGAAGAAGCUAAAUUGAAUUCCAUUCUACAAGACAAAGUAAAGCAUUUGGCCGAACUCAAUUUCAUCAUUUCAAGUAUAUUAAAUUUGUCGGCUUAUACUGCGUUUUAUGAAACUGAAUAUUCAAGUUUAUGUAACAUAUCUCUCGUUACUGAAGUUAAACUUCCGGCUGAGGCCUUAAAGUGGCCGGACAAAAUAUCGUUUGAUGUAGCACCUUGCUUGUUAAUGUGGAUAACAAAACAGUUGGAAUCAGUUUCUUCUGGUGGCACUUCUGUUAAACCAAAUCCUUAUCCUUAUUUGACCGGUGUAAAUGAUUUAGCAACGGCUUUAGCAGGAGUGAUCGUCUCAGCUUUGUCCACAGAAAAAUUGAACAUGCUUAAAAGCGCAGAUCCAAAGUUGGCGGUCAAACACCUUUUUGAAUUUUGGUCCAGUCAAAUAUUCACAUGGAAAACAUUUGCAAAGUCCAAUAGUUCAGUUUAUGAAUAUUCAUCAAGGAAAAGAGAUGAUUUUCCAGUAUUUAAUGAUGAUGAAGUUAAACAUUGGCUACAGAAUGCUGGCCCUUACGCUUGUUCUUAUGUUGAGACACUUUUAACUUGUGUUACAUUGUCUAGCAAUAAAGUGUCUCACGAAACUAAUUUAACUGGUUUACCGAUUUCUGCACAACAUUUGGGAUUAUUAUUUCUUAGUCGAUUGGAGUCAAGCAGUACAGUGUUCCAUGGUGUGUUGAGCAAGAGAUUUCGUGUACUACCGUCUGGAUUAUCAAUGAUUUUACGUAUUUUUCUUAGCCGUUGUCGAUUGCAUCCCCCACCAAAUUGUGAUCCUCAUGUAUAUAGUUUAAUGGGACGUACUGAUUUGGCGAAGCAAGCGUAUAUGCUUAAUUAUCAAGGAAACUCUGUUUUUGAUCCAUUAUUGAACUCAGCAUCUAAUUGUUCCAACUCUGCUGGUGCAAGAUCUGAACCGAUUGGUCUUUCUAAAGCAUUACCUGUACCUUCGUCUAUCAGUGAAACUUCCUCCUGGUCCAUCGAAGAACGAUGGUCAAAUUUAGUUCUUCCUCUUCGAGAUGUAGGAUCAAUGUCAACGAAUAUGGCUGUAUCACCUCAUGCUCUUUUGUACCAUAUAGAAAACAAUCCUUGUUGUCAAGCUUCCUUCAAGGAUGAUUUACGCCUUCGUGAAGCAUAUCGUCUCCUUCAAAGUUUCAGUCAUAUUCGCCUUCCUCGUCUAAAUUCUGAGGAUCCUGUCAAUACAUCUCCUAAUAGUGCGCCUGGAUCUGAUUUAAAUGCUCGUUUGACAGAAGCUAGGCUUGAAAUGCAUUUAGCUGCAGCCGGUAUUCGUGUCUGGGCUUCUGUUAUUGGUCGUGGAAUGCUGACUUUUGGAAUCCUUACAGGUUCAAAAGUACCAACACAACUUCGUGUACCAUCAAUAUGUUUGCGUGGUCGAGCGGUUUCCCCAAGUAGCGGAAGACGUGUUUUGGUUGACCUUGCUCGAGAGCCCCUUGGACCUACCAACGCAAAUGUAGGUGCUAACAGGACUCCUGGAACCGCUGAAGUGAUAGCAAGUGGCUUAGAUAUAGCUGGUGGCGGUGGGGAUAGAUUGGGUACUUCUGGUGUCCAGUGUAUUGAUGCAUCUAACCAUCCAGGAAACUCUGUAGCACUAGCUAUUGCAUCUUCAAUAGCCUCAUGUGGUGCUGGAGCAUCUUUGCGUACUAUAUCUUUAGGACUGAAGCGUAUGACACCAAUCAAUAACUUGCUUAACAAUUAUGCCAGUUCAAAUAUAUCCACAGCAGCUACAAACUCAGCGUCUUCUACUGCUUCAUUACUAUCUACCGCCAAUAUUCAACAGGCUCCAGGAGUAUUGGCUGCAAAACAUUGGCCAGGUUUUCAUAAUGGAGUGGCUGUUGGUUUAAGUAUAUCGCCUCAUGCCUCGAUUGAUGCAACAUGGAUUCUUUAUAACUGUCGUGCUGCCGGAUGUACAUCCGCUAGUCAUCGUAGAAAUAAUCCUCGUACUAAUCAAGAUUCUGCAUCAUCUGUGGAUACAUUUAGUCCCGAACAAGCUGGUUUAAUACUUGGUUUAGGUUUAAAUGGUCAUUUAAACAAAAUCACACCUUAUGAUAUAGGAGAAUAUCUUGUACGAGUUCAUGACUUACACAGUAUGGCUGUACUUUUAGGGUUAUGUGCUGGAAGACGAGGUACAAUGGAUCAGUCUGUUUUGCGACUUAUUGCAGUUCACUACCGUCCACUUUUACCAUCUGAUCCUUUAAUUAAUGUUCAACUUAGUGUUCCUAAUUUAUGCCAAGCAGCCGCCAUUUUCGGUCUUGGGUUACUUUAUCAGGGUUCAGCACACCGACAUAUUACUAAUUUGUUAAUUAAUGAACUAGGUCGUUCGUUAAGUGAAGAUUCUCAUUCUGAUAACGCACAUUUAAGGCUAAGUGCAGAUACAGACUCCCAACAAACUGUUCCCAAUGGAUCUAAUAAUAAUUCUACAAGUAAUACCGUUGGCUGGACAGGUGCUGGUGGUUCAGGAGGUUUUGCAGGAGACAGUUGUGAGCUUAUGGCUCUUUCAGCAGGUCUUGCACUUGGGCUUGUGCUUCUACAGAGAGGUGAUACACCAUGUGGAUUGUCCGAUCUAAAAUGGGCGGAGAAGUUACAUGCGUAUAUGACUUCAGGCCCAAAGAGCUCAAAUUCGUCUGUUCCCGAUCACCAAAAAUACAAUGUGCACUUUUCAUGUGAUCCACGCGAAAGGUUUUUACCUAUUCAGCGCGUAAAAAGCAGAGGUACUCCUCGUCGGAUAACCGAAGAAUCAAGGCGGCCACAUCAGACCAAUGUUGAACCUGCCAGUCCUCAAAAUAAUUUAUCCAAUUGUUCCACGAGAGGGGGUGCCUCUUUCUCCUUCCGGACUCCAAGCUUAUUGCUGCACAGCGAUUACACGACGGAACCAUUAGCUGAUCCAGAGCGAUUUCUAACCAGUGACUAUCUACAUAAUUCAUUCGAUAUCAGAGGAAUCUCCACAUCCAGUCGACAAACUUCGUAUCGUCGUCGCAAUUCAUCGAAUACUGGCCCUGCAAUAUCUCCACCUCUAGCGAAUGCUCCUAAUAGAUUCUCGUCUACUAUCAACGACCUAGCUGGUCGUUUGGACGAAUGUUCCACUAAAACAACAUGGAAAAAUCCACAGAUACGGGACCUCCACUGCUACAAUGCCGACGUUAGCGCACCUGGUGCCAUGAUGGCACUUGGAAUGGCUUAUUUGGGUAGUGGUAACUCUACCGUUAGUAAUUGGCUUCUCCCGCCAUCUUCUUUACGCCAGUUGGAGCUCAUUCGACCUGAUUUGCUCUUGUUCCAAGCACUUGCAUAUGGUCUUGUAAACUGGAAUUCCAUAGAACCAACUCAAGAGUGGAUAGAUUCUUACAUACCAGGACAGUUGUUUGAAAAGCUUAGAGAGUCUAUCAGACCAAGACCAAAGUUACAUUCACCUGACAUCUCAGAUAUUCGUGCUACAAUGGGGCAAACUGAUUUGUCCAGUGAAGAUGAUGUUGAAAAUCGAUGUCCAGAUCAAACAUUCACUGAUUCUUUAUACUAUGCAUCUGGACGUUCUACACAUAAUAGGGGUCGUCGAGGUACAGUAAAUAAUGUUCGUGGCCGACCUGUUCGACGUUCAAGAAGGUAUGAUAUUAGACAUUGGUCUGGAGACGAAUCUAAUAUCAACAAUAUCAAAGCUAUUCCUGGAAAAAUUGAAUGGUUUGAUCAAUUUGGAUUGCAAAACAAGGAUUCAGUAGAUAUUGAAGCCAUAAGUUUGGCUUACUUAAACAUUCUAGUUGGAUGUGCCUUAGCUAUGGGUUUACGUUAUGCUGGAACAUCGAAUUCCAGUGCAGCUAAUACAUUGUACUCUCUUACAGUAAGUCUUUUAGACGGUACUUGGUGGCCUCCAUCACAAUUUACUUCCAAACUACUGUCUCAGAAUAAACAGUGGGAUUCAGAACAAAUGAAAGCAAAUUUACCGAAACCGACGCUAGCGCAAUGUGCAGCUCAAUGUCUCUUAGCUCUCUCUAUGAUACUUGCUGGUUCUGGCAAUUUGACUGUUCUCAAAAUGGUUCGACAACUGCGAGCUAUUCAUCUGUUCAAUCUUAAACCAGAUACACUGAAUUCUGGACCAAGCAAUAACACUGGGUCAGACUCACUCUAUCAUACUGUUACAGCUGCCGCAGCUCGUGCUGCAGCAACCACACAAACAGUUUCCACUAGCUCAACAGGAACGUCUGUUAGCGGCCCAGUAUCUGUAGCGUCAGUAUUUGGUGCUGCUCUUGGUCCGAGUUACGGAUUACAAAUGCUUCUUGCUAACACUGUUGGUCUGUUGUUUCUCGGUGGUGGACGAUUAACUCUCGCAAACACACCAGAAGCUGCUGCAAUGUUGGUUAUAUCCUUUUUCCCUCUCCUUCCUACAUUCGCUGGUGAUAAUUGGUAUCAUUUACAAGCUCUUCGUCAUCUUUACGCCCUUGCCACCAUACCUCGACGUGUCUGUGCUGUAGAUGUAGAUACUGGCCGUGUUGUUCUGUCUAAUUUCGAGGCCAAACUUCAGGAAUCCGAUGCUAUACUUUCAUCAGAAGAUACUUUUAUAUUUCCAUCUGAUGUAUUGGAUAACAUAAGUUGGCUUGAAAUCAAUCAUAACUCUGAGAAAUAUUGGCCUACUGUUUUUUAUCAUGGAACAAAUAAUUGGGAUUUGUUUAAAAAAACAUUUUAUACAGCUGGUUAUAUUUUUGUUAAACAACGAAAUGAAGGAGAAGAAUUGAAUAUUUUGCAAUCAUGGCUCGAUGAAUGUUUGAAAGAUUGGUUGGAUUUAUGCAUAUUAAAACAAUUAAAGCUGUUAGUGACUUUUUUGAAACGAUUUCCAUCAACAAACAAAUUCAAUGCAUCGAAUGAUCACAGGCCUAUUGGAAAUUCAUCUGCAUCAAUUUCAUCAUGCUCUGAUUUGGGACGUAUUUUAGCUGCUCGUGUUACUCAACAAUUUAUAAAACAUAAAGAUGAGCUGUCAGUUGGUUUGAAGAAUUACUAUUUCAAUUUAUCCGACAUUACACUCAGUCAGUAUAACACAUUCCAAUCCAGUCUAGUCAAAGCAUUCCGAUUAUGGUUCAGUUUACCUGAUUAUACUGUUCUAUUGCCUCAUUUACCUAAAGAUGAUGCGAUAUCGUUGGCCAACUUCCUGUCAAUCGUAAAACAACAUAGUCCUACAACACCUGUUCCAAAUAUACUUUGGUUGCACAGAUUUCUGUAUACAUGUCAUUAAGGAGUUCAAAUCUGUGUGCAUGAAAUGAUGAUUGAUUUUUGUGAUUAAAUAAUCAUAACAUUUCGUUUAACUGAUGUAUAUGAUAUUUCUUAUUGUUAUGUUUAUACUGCACAUUUGUAAUGACUUAUAAUUUGUUGUUUGUAAAUAUACGUGUGUUAUACAAAUUUUUUUUUCGUCAGCUUCAAAAUGAUUUGUGCCGUUAUGAUUCUUAAUUUUUAUUGUUA